AGCACGAACGAUCCCGGCGGGCGGCGGCGGCAUGGGUACUCGGCAGACCAAAGGCAGCCUGGCGGAGAGACCCAGCCCCGGCCCGGCUCCCGGCCCCCGCCGCGACAGAUCCGACUUCUGGGCGUCGCUGCUGCUGCGAGCCGGGGACAAGGCGGGGCGCGCGGGCGCCGGCGCGGGGCUGCCCCCGUACCACCGGCGCGUCGGCAUGGUCCAGGAGCUGCUGCGUAUGGUGCGCCAGGGCCGGCGGGAGGAGGCGGGGACGCUGCUGCAGCACCUGCGCCAGGACCUGGGCAUGGAGUCGACUUCAUUAGAUGACGUUCUGUAUCGCUAUGCCAGCUUCCGGAACCUGGUGGACCCCAUCACCCACGACCUCAUCAUCAGCCUGGCACGCUACAUCCACUGCCCCAAGCCGGAAGGUGACGCGCUAGGAGCUAUGGAGAAGCUGUGCCGGCAGCUGACCUACCACCUCAGCCCACAUUCACAGUGGAGGCGGCACCGGGGGCUGGUGAAGAGGAAGCCGCAGGCCUGUCUCAAAGCCGUCCUGGCUGGGAACCCUCCAGACAACACAGUGGAUCUGUCAGGCAUCCCGCUGACCUCCCGUGACCUGGAGCGGGUAACCAGCUAUCUGCAGCGCUGUGGAGAGCAGGUGGACAGUGUGGAGCUGGGCUUCACAGGCCUCACAGACGACAUGGUCCUGCAGCUGCUGCCAGCACUCAGCACUCUGCCUCGCCUCACCACGCUAGCCCUCAAUGGCAACAGGCUGACCAGGGCCCUGCUGCGUGACCUCACUGACACCCUUAAGGACCCCAGCAAGUUCCCCAAUGUCACAUGGAUUGACCUGGGCAACAAUGUGGACAUCUUCUCAUUGCCCCAGCCCUUCCUGCUCAGCCUCCGCAAGCGCUCUCCCAAACAAGGCCACCUACCAACCAUCCUCGAGCUGGGAGAGGGACCAGGUAGUGGGGAGGAGACCAGGGAAGGAAGUGUGUGCCCGCAGGACCCUGGAGGGAGUCCUACAGCACCUGCCAAAGGUCUCCAAGCAAGUAAGGAGGCUGUAAUUCAGACGUGACAUGGAAAUGGAAUAGGGAGUCUUUGUGAGAUAACUGGCUCAAGUUAUGGGCUACUCCAUCAGGAGGUUCAGGGCAUUGCAAAUUAAUAGCCUGGGCAACCCUACCCACAAAAAGGCAGCCUGUAGCACCAAUAAAGGGGUGCUUCCCUUUGGCCCUCUUCUCCCAAAUCCUAGUACCUGCCCCUGAGGUACUAGGAUUCCCAGCUCAGCCCCAACUCCCCUUGUCCAGCCAGAACUGCACUAAUCUUACCAGUUUAUAAAGACCAUUUUCCACAAUUUCAGUUCCUAGAGUGAUAAAUACAUCCCUAAAGCCCAAAACAGAAGCCAGGACCACUGGAAAUCGGGAACUAAGGGUUCCAGAUUUUAGUCAUCAAUCAGAACUCGCAGGACAGAGACAAGUGCAGCGGGCCUACUGGGAAACUAAAGGCAAAACAGGCCUGCAGCAUCAAGAGCUGGCCUACAGCCUCCUGGCAGGUAAGAUGGAGGCUUUGCAUGGUACUACCUAAGAGCCAAAUUAUGACUCAAAUGCAUCAAUGGACAGGCAGCAGGGACUAGGAUCAAGCAUAGGUGCCUUAAAUGCUUUGAACUUUUGUCCUGAGUCUAUAGUUGUGAGGCAGCUUAGACCGACCCUAAGUUUACAAGCGUGAAUGUUAAAGCUGGACUGCUGAUACUGACACUGCUUAAUUUCUUCAAAUACACACUUUUAAGAACCAAUA